GCCGUGGAAGUGAACCAUCGUGAUACUAACUCUUCAUCUAUACAAAUUCAAUUCACUACAACCCCUCGUUUCGUCUGCCGCGUUCAUAGGGAUGUAUCGAAGAGCGGGGAUGUCUAGAUUUUUCUGUUAUUAAAAUUCUUACCGCUGGGGAUUCGUGCUGAAUUCCCUUCAUGUGCAUCAUUUGCCGUUCGAACAUGGCCGACUUCGACGAAAGGCCCGCAAAGAAACGUCGAUUCUUCGACUCAGUCUCACCAGAUACUACAACGAGCGCGUUGGCUAGUACUUCUGCAGAACAGCCUCAAGCAACAGGAGCAGAGCAAGGUGUUUCUGUGAUCAACGAUGGAUUCGACCUUGCCACUCUUUCGGCUGUGAUCGGGGAAGAACUUACAGAGCUGGAUAUCCAGAAACUGAAGUCCCUGAGUGGGAGCAAUCUGGAGAGAGCUAUCAAUAUCUACCUUGACGGCUCUUGGAGGGUUCAAAGAUCAGAGAUCACGACCAACAACUCAAACGAGCAACCUCAGAAGUCGAUCCUAGCACAUAAGGAAGACGAAUCAUCUAGAUCGGACACUGCGAAAACCGAAGCACGCCCUGCUCCGGAACCCAGAUCAAAUACUCCAGGCGUCCCUCCAGAGCGAUACAUGGGAGCGUUCGGUGCAACUGGCUGGGCGACCCGUAGCGGGUAUUCACUGCUUAAGCAUGGUGAUAAAGUCGGGAUUGAACGAGCCAGACCUCAAGCCCCGACCAAGCAAAAAGGUAGGGGCUUCAACAGCAAGAAGCAUGAUAUCGUUGUGAGAUUCACAAAUCCCCGAGGAGAAGAGGUGGGAAGAUUGGAGAAUGAAACUGCAUACUGGGUUUCGACAUUGAUCGAUCAAAACCUCUGUCGCUUCUCAGGGACUUGUGUUUAUGUGCCCGAGAGGAUCAGGUCUUCCGACACAAUUUACCUCCAGAUCCGCUGUUACUUCCGUCGUUCAGCAUUUGAAGAGAAUGACUUGCUCAGGGUACAAGAGAAUGACCGACCGAAUCUCUUCGAAUCGAAAGAAUCAACGGGUGAGAAAGCACUUCGUCUUCGACAAGUCGCCUUGGUUCGGUUAUUCGAAGAUAUCAAUUUACAUCCCACUACGGCCCCGAAAAUUUCCGAUACAGCUAAGCGACAAAGUAUAUUGAAGGCCGCAGAAGUGUCUGAUCAGAAGGAGAAGAACAAAUCAACCCAGCCAUCCCGAGCGGUUGAGGAUCCCGUUUCUACUCCUCCAUCGGACGAGAAUGAGGAUGGCCAGGAGCUGGAACAGGACCAGCUCGACACGUUGUACAAGAAGGCACAAUCCUUUGAUUUCAACACGCCAGAAGCGGAACCAGCGGAAACCUUUGUUAUGGAAUUACGCAAAUAUCAAAAGCAAGCCUUGCACUGGAUGUUAGGCAAGGAGGCCGACAAGAGAAGUGACGAUCGAGAAGAAUCGAUGCAUCCUCUCUGGGAGCAAUAUGAAUGGCCGACGACAGAUGCGGAUGACCAACCGUUGCCACAUUAUAACCAGGAUCAGUUCUAUGUCAAUCCAUAUUCCGGAGAGCUCUCUUUAGCAUUCCCGGUUCAAGAGCAGAAUUGCCUAGGUGGCAUAUUGGCAGACGAAAUGGGUCUCGGCAAGACCAUCGAAAUGCUGAGCCUGAUGCAUAGUCAUCGAAUAGACGCCGAUUUGCUUUUGGAGUCGGGCAAGACCAACAAGCUUACCCGUCUUCAUAAAGCCACAUCAACCGUUGAGAGUGCGCCGAGAACCACUCUAGUUGUUGCCCCGAUGUCGCUCCUAUCCCAAUGGCAAAGCGAAGCAGAAAAGGCGUCGAAGCCGGGCACCAUGAACACGCUUGUCUACUAUGGCAGCGACAAGAGCGCCAACCUACAAGGUCUAUGCAGUGGAGCGAAUACUGCAGAUGCUCCGGAUCUCAUUAUCACCAGCUAUGGCGUCGUGCUCUCAGAAUUCAAUCAGAUGAUGGCGAUCGGGGGCAAUCGGGGCACGCACGGCGGCCUUUUUUCUGUCGAAUAUUUCCGUGUCAUUCUCGACGAAGCCCACUUCAUCAAAAACAGGCAGUCGAAGACUGCCAAAGCGUGCUACGAAAUCAGUGCCGUUCAUCGAUGGGCAUUGACCGGGACACCGAUCGUCAACCGACUGGAAGAUUUGUUCUCCUUGGUCAAGUUCCUUCGAGUCGAACCGUGGAGCAACUUCUCAUUCUGGAAAACCUUCAUCACUAUGCCGUUUGAGUCUAAAGACUUCAUCAGAGCCCUCGACGUCGUCCAGACCGUGCUGGAGCCACUUGUUUUGCGACGAACCAAAGACAUGAAAACUCCCGAAGGCGAAGCACUUGUUCCCCUUCCAACUCGGACCAUUGAAAUCGAUCGAGUACAGCUCUCGCAGGCCGAGAAAGAUGUUUACGAUCAUAUUUUCUUGAGAACUAAGCGGACGUUGAAUCAAAAUGUGGAGGCAGGCACACUCCUAAAGUCGUAUGCUACCAUCUUCGCCCAAAUUCUUCGCCUUCGUCAGUCGUGCUGCCACCCGGUCUUGACGCGAAAUAACGACAUCGUCCGUGACGAGGAGAUUGUGGGAGCAGCUGCAGAUCUUGCGACAGGCCUUGGAGAUGAUAUGGAUUUGAAUGAUCUCAUAUCAAGAUUCACCGACAAUACCGAGCAGGAUGCCAACAAGUUCGGAGCGCACGUCCUGAAGCAAAUCCAAGAGGAGGCCGACGUUGAGUGCCCCAUCUGCUCCGAUGAGCCGAUGGUGGACCAGGCGGUCACUAGCUGUUGGCACAGCGCAUGCAAGCAGUGUCUGCUUGACUUCAUCGAACACCAGAAGGAGAAAGGAAUCGUUCCCCGGUGUUUCAACUGCCGCGAGCCCAUCAAUGUUCGCGAUAUUUUCCAGGUCAUCCGGCAUGACGCAGAUCCUGACGAUGCUGAUAAACCGAGCAUUUCCUUGCGAAGGCUAAAUUGCGACGCGUCCGCCAAGGUCACAGCGCUUCUCGCCCAUCUGAAGCGCAUCCGCCAGAAAGAUCCUCUCUGCAAAUCCGUCGUCUUCUCUCAAUUCACGUCAUUCCUCGACCUUAUCGAGCCUGCGUUAGCUCGAGACCGCAUCAAGUUCCUCCGGUUUGAUGGGUCCAUGGCGCAGAAGCAGCGUGCCGUAGUACUCGAAGAAUUCCGUGCACAGCCGAAGAGCUGUGUGCUCCUUCUGAGUUUGCGCGCCGGUGGUGUGGGGCUCAAUCUGACCUGUGCAAAGCAAGUGUUCAUGAUGGACCCCUGGUGGAGCUUUGCAGUCGAAGCACAAGCUAUCGACCGCGUGCACCGUAUGGGGCAGGAGAGCGAAGUGGGCGUUGUGCGGUUCAUCGUGGAAGGGAGCAUCGAGGAGAAGAUGUUAAAGAUACAGGAUCGGAAGAAAUUCUUAGCGAGCUCGCUAGGUAUGAUGAGUGACGAAGAGAAGAAGCUACAGCGGAUCGAGGACAUCAAAGAGCUUCUCAGUUAAUCGGACAGCGGCAGUAUCGGGGGAUGUCGCGAUGUCGGAAACGUUUCCUGUAAUAGAGUAGAGGUCAUGUCUGCAAAAUACAUCUGGCCCACGACAAACCCGGGAAUCUGUGGAAUAGUGUCCUGUGGCGAUGUACACUUUUACAACCACAACGCGAGCAAUCAAGACUCGCGAUAUUGGAGGAGAAUCAGCCCUUAUGGCUACAUUGGAAACUAGAGUAUUCACGAUGCAUCUCGCAUAUCAAAGCUAAACCCGCUGGGCGACUGCCAUGCUCUGAAUUAUGAGCCGAGUGUCACAAUCCUUCGAGGCGUAGAAUUGCGAGACGGAUUGGGGUCUCAAUCCUUCUUGUCAUCCUGCUCCAGUGCAAACCUCAAUUGGCACCACUGUUAGGGUCGGUCAGCUUUGGUCUGCUCC